AUGGUAACAACAACAUUAGUAAUGCCUCGACAAACACCAAUAAUUCUUCCUCGUUCAUCAACACCAUCACCAACAUUUCAAGGUUUUCAAUCACAUAAUUCUUUAUCAACUAGUGUAGCUGUAGAUCAAACAAGAAAUUCUUCAAUACUAUAUCCAACAUCAAGUAAUCUUCCUACAUCAACAAUAACAACUAAUGUAAUUCAAUCAUAUUUGUCUUCAAUGAAAUCUUUUGAUCAAGAACAAAAUUCUAUUAUUAUUCAUCAAAAUAAAAAAGACAAGAAAAAUUUUAAUUUAUGCAAUGAUCCAAAUCAAUGGUCGAUAUUUGACGUCAAAAAUUUUAUUUCAAGUAUUACUGAUGAUAAAAUAGCUGAAUUUUUUUAUAACUUUCAAAUUAAUGGUGCAGCAUUGUUACUAAUACAAGAAAAACAUUUACGAAAUGAUAUGAAAAUCAAUUUGGGACCAUCAAUCAUUAUAUUAGAUAAAAUAUUAAAAUUACGUGAACAUUUAUCAACAUUUGAUUCUUAA